UUAACCAAUUUUAGAUUUUCUGUUAGUUUUGUAAAAUAAAAUUGAGUGAACAACAAUAAAUAAGGAAAUUUUACAGAAGUUUUUGAUUGGUGUGUUGGCAUUUUAAUGCUAUAAAUCAAAAUGUCGAAAAAUAAAACAAAUUCAAUGGUGACCGGAGAAACAAAUCUAAUCGAAGUGAAAUCAAAGUUUGAUGCCGAAUUCCGCCGCUGGAGCUUUAAACGGCAUGGCGAAUUGCAAAAUUUUGAAGAUUUCUCUACCCUUAUUGAGAAAUUGCAUAGACUACACACAAUACAAUUUAUUAUUUUAUACAUUGACCCACGUGAUAAUGAUCUGUUGCCAAUUAAUAAUGAUGACAACUUUGGUAGAGCGUUGAAAAUUGCCAAACCUUUGUUGCGCAUCAUCGUUCAACGCAAAGAUGAUUUGGAAGAGUUUCCCGGUUUUGGCACAAUGAAACCGCGCAAUAAUCUAAUCAGCAGCAUACUGGGACAGACUCCUGUCAAGACAAAACUACCAACAAUAUCAAUACCGCAUGAUUUCCGACAAGUAUCGGCUAUAAUUGAUGUGGAUAUUGUGCCAGAGACGCAUCGACGUGUCCGUCUACUUAAAUAUGGUAGCGAUAAGCCUUUGGGAUUUUAUAUAAGAGAUGGUACGUCUGUGCGCGUAACCGCAAACGGUUUAGAGAAACAACCUGGUAUUUUUAUAUCGCGCCUCGUACCUGGUGGGCUUGCUGAGAGCACUGGACUUUUAGCAGUCAACGACGAGGUUAUAGAAGUAAAUGGUAUUGAAGUGGCUGGUAAAACCCUGGAUCAGGUCACCGAUAUGAUGGUGGCAAAUAGCUCUAAUCUAAUAAUAACGGUGAAGCCGGCAAAUCAACGUACUCUUACCUCACCACGACGCGGCUCUUUCUCGCGCAACAGUCAAUUAUCGAGCGGUUCACAUCAUACCAAUCAAACCAAUACAUCGGAUGAAAAUGAACAAGAUGAGCAAGAUGAAGUCGUCGAUCUGACCGGCAUAACACUCGAUGAUCACAACAAUGUGGCUCCACAGCCACAACAAUCAACGGUGCCAUCACCGGCACUGAUAAUUACGUCACAACAUCACCAGACGGCAUCAACAGCCUCAACAAUUGUCGGCGGCAGUGAAUCCAAAGACGGUGUGCUACAUCUAUGAAUCGAAUAAGAGCGAUAUAGUAAUUAAAACAAAAAAAGAAAAACAAUGACGCAAAAAGACAAAGAUGUUAUGGCAAAGGACAAACGGAACUUUCAGGUCGAACAAAGCGGAAAUGCGAAGUAUAUAGUACAUGCAAAAUGAUUAUAUUUUGCAAAGAGUUUCCGGGUCUAUAACAAUAUAAGCAAUCUUAGGCAUAACAAAAAGACAACACAUAUAUACACACAAAUUUUCAUGCUUCACUUUUCAUUUUAUUUCUAUUAUAUACUUAAAUAGUACUAUUUAAUUAUAAAUUAAUGUGUAAAGUGUAAUGUUAUCAAUGCGUUUGACGUUUUCGUCGUAUUGUUUUCAUUAAUGUUUGCAAAUUAUAUACGUCAACGCAUUUUAACUAAACAUACUGUAUUAUUAGGUACAUAUACACAUAUUUACAUAUCUGCGUAUGCAUUGUUAAUAUUUUUAAUCAUGUUUUUUUUAUAGUAGUUGUCCUGCUUAUUUUCAUAUACACAUUCACUUACAGUUAAAUCUAGUGUAAACUUGUCUGUUAAACGUACAAUGUGUUUGGUAAAAAUUAAAUGCUCGUAUAUAACCCAACAGUGUUAAUUUACAGUUGCAACGCAGCUACACAUUCCAAAAAAGAAAAAAACGAAUUCUGUGGUUUUUAUGUAACAUAAUUGAUGCAAAACUUUUUGUUUGCACUGUAUGUGAGCGUGGAUGAUUUACACGAAAUUCCAAUUGUGUAACUGUAUAAUGUGUUCCAUGAAAUUUCAAAAACAAAAAAAAAAAAUAAAAAUUAGUUGAAAAGAUAAAUUUAUUAAAAGCCAUGAUUCAAUUAUAUAAGGGUGUGUCUUUAGCCCACAAAAUUAUUUUAUAAUGUCAAAAUCAGCUGUUUUGCUUUGUUUUUAUCAUACAAAAAUAUAUUUUUCAUAUAUUCUAGCCAGUGGAAAUGUGUUUUUUGAGUAAUAAAUUGUAAAUCACACAUAAUCCAUAAACAAAAUAUUCAUCAGAAAAACCUAAAAGAUAUUUUUUGGUAUGGAUUAAGAAUUAUUUUCGUUAGAAGUAAGCUCUCAAGUAACGCAACCUUAUAUAAUUGAAUUAUGUUUUAAGCCUUGACCCAAAUACAUAUAAAGUGACUAAUUUGAGGAAAGCAAAAGAGAAAACCAAAUAAAUUUACCGUCACUACUAAUUUGAAGCUAAUUCGCUCUUUACAUUUCAACAGUCAAAUAUACUAUAGCGUGAAAUAGUCACAAAACCGACACUGGUAUACAUACUUCAGUUCAGUCAGUUUUUUGUAUGCGGAUUUUUUUUUAAGGGUAUUUCGCAAAUCUGAAUCAAUAUUCUUAUAUAUACAAAAUUUUUUCCCCAAAGUUUUAAAAAUUAUUUAAAUUUAUUUGUAUGUAUACAUCAAAACAAUUUUUUUUUAAUAUUAAAUCUCAAUGGCCUUCAAAUUAGCUAACAUAAUUAGCAACUAGAAUAUUCAAAACAAAAAACAGCUAAGAGUAAAACAUCAAUUUGCAUGUGUCUUAUAGUCUAUUAGCAAACUAAAGUACUUAUACAAUACUAUACGUCCUAUAUAUACACAUACAUACCAGUAUAUAACAACUAAGACAGUUCAGUCCUAUUUUAUGCUCGUCCACUAGUAGUUAGAUACAUACAAAUACAACUUUUAACUUACCCAAACUAUUGAAUAAAAAAGUUGUCAAAUAUUUUAGAGCAAAUAGCAAACCACUCAAAAGACUUGUCAAUUUAUGCCUUCAUAUUUGAUGUUUUUUACAGCAAAAACAAAAACAAAACUAAACACCAGCAAGAAAAAAUAAUAUAGAAAAGAGCAGUUUACCUACAUACAUAUAUCGAUAAAAAGUAAAGAUAAAACCAAUUAUGCAAUCUUCAAAACACACAACAAAUAUUUAUUUAAAAUUUUGAGCUUAAUAAUUGUCAGAGUCGAAUAAUGGUAAAAUAAAUAUUUCUUAAAAUAAGUACAUACACAUUUUAUACAUAAAUAAAUACACAAAUAUAUAAUAUAGUUCUACAAAUUGCAUUAAGCGGCAAGUGGAAUUGUAUUUUUGUUUAAUAAAGCCCCGUGAUGGCAUCCAAUAUUGACUAGA